CAAUGACGGCCGCAGCCAUGGCCGGCGGUGCACACAAGCUGCCCAGCACCAAGGAGGAGAGGAAGUUAAGGAAACCCCUAAUUGAACGGAAGCGCAGGGAAAGGAUUAACAACUGCUUGGACCAGCUGAAGGAGACUGUGGUUGGUGCGUUCCACUUGGAUCAGUCUAAACUGGAAAAAGCAGACAUCCUGGAAAUGACUGUGAAACACCUCCAGAACAUCCAGAACAGCAAGCUGAUUGCUGACAGCAAAGUGGGCCUUGAAGCUCAGCAGAGGUACAGCACGGGAUACAUUCAGUGCAUGCACGAGGUCCACAACCUUCUCCUCACCUGCGAGUGGAUGGACAAGACGCUGGGGGCACGCCUGCUAAACCACCUGCUGAAAUCCCUACCCAGGUCUGGAGAAGACACCUCCAAAGCAGCAUUAAGUUCUUCGAGCCCGUCUCAGCAGCCUCUCCUGACUGCAAAAACCCCACUGAGUCCUAAAGGGAAUACUCCCAGCACAAAUACAUCUCAGGAGCACUUCCACCCAGUGGAACACAAACAGGCUUUGAAAAAUUCAUUCCAACCACCCUCGCUGUCGGGUUUUGGCCAGGUCGAUGCUGUGCCUCCCAGACAGGUCCUGCAGCCCAAUUUUUCCCAUAAUAACCCUAGUAUGGGGUCAUUAGAUAUGUGGAGACCAUGGUAA